GUUGUGCCUUGCCUGCCGAGCACUCGGCGCACCCACUGCUUGCGGCCUAGCCCGUCGAACGCUGCUCCCUAGAGCCUGCCCGCGAGCCAUGGACGACACAGACUUUGGGUUUGCCCAUCUCGAGUAUCGAUCGUCACGGUCCGACGGGCGCUGCUUUGCAACACCGCGACGGGCUCUGUUGCGUCAGUUGGCCUCUGGCUCCAGGCCGACGUCGUCGACGGUUUGUCGUCAUCGACGCCCGCCUGUCACGCCUCCCAGCCGACGGCACAUUGCACCACCGUCGCCACCACGAGGCUGUCGACUGCCCGUCUCGCCUUAUCAGGGCCACCACCAACUUGACUGCUCACCAGCGUGCGCCUGGCCUGCGCAAAAACCACAUCCCCUUAGCUCGACUGCACUGGCACUUGCCGGUACUGGCCGCUUACACCAGGCUUAUGACUGCCUCUGUGCAGACACAAACCAUCGAACCACUUCGCUUGCGCUUCUUCACACGUCCAGCACACAGCAUCACGAGGCCGUGUCGUCCAAGACCGCAUAUUCCCGUGGCUGGUCAAUUAACGAACUGAGGUGCAUAUCCACAUGCAGGAACCAGCACAUCGUUUGAUCUUCCGUCUGAAACAGGCUUUUCCCCGACCUGCAGGAGGACCACCAUCUCAACCGUCACUUGCUUUGGGGGCAUUUCGUCCUCUUUCGGGUUUUUUAGCUGUGUCGCACGUCAUGCCGCUUUUUCGCUCACUCUCGACCGUGUGCUCCUUCCAAGUAGUCUGUGACUGAUCGUACUGCUGCCC